AUGAAGUUUAGCAAAUCUAGUGUCGUAGCGCUGCUGGCCCCAGCCGUCGCUGGCCGGUUCAUCGAGAGAACCGAGGGCAAUAACGUGCAGCUAUAUCCUCAGGGGGUUUACGAGGAGUCCAGCGAGAAGUUCCUCGUUGAGAUGGCCCCUGGCGACACCAAAUGGAUCACAGAGGAGGAGAAAUGGGAGCUCAGACGUAAUGGCCAACAGUUCAUGGACAUCACCGAGACCCAGGACCUCGGCGCAUCACGAACCCACGCUUUCGCCAACGUCGUCUUCCCUGCCAAGGCCUCGUUUCAGGAUAAGGUCAAGCCGCUCCUCAAGAACCUCUCCAAGACGGAAAUGCACGAGAACCUCGAGAAGUUCUCCAGCUUCCAUACCCGCUACUACAAGUCCGACUACGGAAAGCAGUCCUCCGAGUGGCUCCUGAAGCAGAUCAAGGACAUCAUCAAGGAGUCUGGCGCAGGUCAUGUCUACGCCGAGGCGUUCUCACACUCGUGGCAACAGAGUUCUAUCAUCGCGACGAUUCCCGGCCAGACGAACUCGACGGUCGUCGUUGGCGCUCACCAGGAUUCUAUCAACCUCUGGCUGCCCUCGAUCCUUGCUGCGCCCGGUGCGGAUGAUGAUGGAAGCGGUACCGUUACAAUCCUCGAGGCUUUCCGGGUCCUUCUCAGCUCCGAUGCUGCCAAGAAGGGUAAAUUAGAGAACACCAUCGAGUUCCACUGGUACUCGGCUGAGGAAGGUGGUUUGCUUGGCAGCCAGGCCAUCUUUUCCGAGUACGAGAAGCAAGGUCGGGACGUCAAGGCCAUGCUGCAGCAAGACAUGACCGGAUACGUUGAGAAGACCAUCAAGGCCGGAAAGCCCGAGAGCGUCGGAGUCAUUGUUGACUACGUCGACCCGAAGCUGACCGAGUUCAUCAAGAAGAUUGUUGUCGAAUAUUGCGAUAUUCCCUACGUCGAGACGAAGUGUGGCUAUGCAUGCUCAGACCACGCCUCCGCAUCCAAGGCCGGCUAUCCAUCCGCCUUCGUUAUUGAGUCUGCGUUUGAGGAUAGCGACGACCAUAUCCACUCAACGGACGACAACAUCAAGUACCUCUCAUUUGAUCACAUGCUGCAGCAUGCUCGCAUGACCCUUGCUUUUGCUUACGAACUCGGUUUCACGAACUUUGCUAAGCUCAAGAGCGGCAACGUUGGCGUUGAGAAUGAGCUGUAA